AUGGCGUCCUUCAAGGUGAUGCAUUCUUCCACUUCUAGAAACUCGGAUCUAUCUCGUCGCAUCUCUUCUUCCUCUACUUCCUCUUCGUCUAUAAGACCUCAACAGUUCAGGCGAGAUCCCAACGCCGAUCUAUCGAGGAUUAGCGGCGGUUACGGCGGAAGAAGCGACGGAUACAGUUCUACUUCGAUGACGGUGGAAGGGAUACUACACGACACUUUCGCGUCGGAUCCACCAGCGAGGGAAUCUUCACUCCUUGGCGCGUCGAUGACUCUGAUGGAUACUCCGGCGCCAAUGGAGAUAACGACGGUUUCCGAUGUCGAUCGAGAUCGUGGCGGUGGCGGCGGAGGAACGGAGACGCGUGGUGGUGGUAAGACUGUCGACGAGGUUUGGAGGGAGAUCGUAUCGGGAGAAGGGAAAGGGAUGAAGGAAGAGACGCAGGAAGAGAUAAUGACGUUGGAGGAUUUUCUAGCGAAAGCUGAGGUGGAGGAUGCAGCAGCGACGGUAGGGAACGGAGGAGGAGAAUCCGACGAUAUGGAUGUGAAGAUUCCGCCGGAGAGACUCAAUUACGGAUUCGAUCAUUCAGCGCCGCCGCAUAAUCCGUUUCAGAUGAUUGAUAAAGUGGAAGGAUCGAUUGUUCCGUUUGGGAAUGGUUUGGAUGUUUACGGUGGAGGUGGAGGAGCGGGAGGAGGAGGAGGAGCGAGAGGGAAGAGAGCGAGAGUAAUGGUUGAGCCACUGGAUAAAGCAGCUGCACAGAGACAGAGAAGGAUGAUUAAGAACCGUGAAUCUGCUGCUAGGUCAAGAGAGAGGAAACAAGCUUAUCAAGUCGAAUUGGAGUCUUUAGCAGCGAAACUCGAGGAAGAGAAUGAAAUGCUCUCUAAAGAGAUUGAAGAGAAGAGGAAAGAGAGAUACCAGAAGUUGAUGGAGUUUGUGAUUCCUGUGGUUGAGAAACCGCAGCAGCAGCAGCAACAUGGGUUAUUACGCAGGAUUCGAUCUUUGGAAUGGUAA